AUGAAGACCUCAGUGACGCUCACGACACUGGCGCUGGCCACCGCAGCGCUAUCUGCCACCUCCACUGCAGCGCUCCCAUCGACCCUCUCGCGCCGCCAGUCCUCGUCGCAAGGCUACUUCAGCCCCUCUGCCAACGGCGGCUCCAUGCUGACCGAGCAACGCGAGCCGCUCAACAUCAUCGUCUCUGGCCAGUCCAGCCCUGGCGUCCUCUACCAAGAUGGGUUUGAGGAGUUUUCUCGCGCGCUCUACUUCUCCCCCGGCAGCUGUCUCGGCAUCAGUCAGGGCGGCUUCCAGUCCGCGAAUCUGGGUGAUGGCAACGGUGAUCGGCCGCAGACCAACAUCAUGCGCUACAAUUACAAGCAGGGCGACAGCGGGACGUGCCUCGAGUCGCUACACGGUGGCAAUCACUUCCGCUACUGGAUCCAGAAUGGUAGUGCUGCCGACUCGGGGGCGGUGUUCAUCGCCGCCAGUGUCGAGCUGAACGCAACUCUCAACCACAUGAUUGCGCCCAAUGGGUACGACGAUGGCCGCGAUGAGAUCGUCGGCAAUGCCACGGCGGGCACGCUGACGAGCCCAGGCGGAUUCGGGUACACCGUUAGCAGGACCACCAACUCGUUGCUCAGCGGCUUUUCGGCCAGCCAGAUCAAUCACGGCAUUAGCAUUGACGGCACGGUAGAUGUGCUCACCGUUACGAUUACCAAGAACGGCACGAUCGGUGCAGGUCGCAACUCAAGCUCGAGCGACUCCGGCAGCAGCGGCAGCUCAAGCGAGAACAGCGGAAGCAACGGAAGCAGCGGCAGCAGCGGUAGCACGUCAAGCUCGAGUGGUGCAUCCGACCUCUUCGGCAUGAGCCACGUCCAGCGCACAUUUCGCACAGCAUUCGCUCUGCGCAAGGACGAAUCACGGACCGCCGUCUUCAUCCCCGAAACCUCUUCGGAUCCUUCCAAUACCGACGACGCCUCCGCCUCGGUCCCGGUCACAGGCGAGCGCACGCCCAUCGGCCAGAUCGAACAGCGCCUCGCCAUCACCUUUACCUGCACCGUCGACGCCUGCGGCCACCGCAGCUCACACGAGUUCUCGAAACGAUCGUAUACAAAGGGUAUUGUCAUCGUCCAGUGCCCCGGGUGCAAGAAUCGACAUCUCAUCGCGGAUAAUCUGAGCUGGUUCACGGAGUCGGAAGGGGAGCCGAGGACGAUUGAGCAGAUGAUCGAGGCGAAAGGCGGGAAGGUGAGGAGGGGAAGUGUCGGUGCGGAUGGAGAGACGAUUGAGAUUCUGUCCUAG